UUCUCCAAAUGGUGUACAUCCAUUUUCCAUCCAACCAGACGGAGGAAGAGUUGAUGCUGCAGGCCAAGUACGCAAAGUUGCGGAAGAAGAAAAAGGCGCUCCAGGCCCUGAAGGCACCGAAGCAGGAGCCGGAAAAGCAUUUGCUACCGAAGAGGCCUGCCGAUGCCCGCGAUGCACGGGAAGUGGCCCGUAAGCUGCUGAAAAGCGGAGCCAUUCAGGCGAUACAAAAGCCGCAACCCAAGCAGGACAGUUCCUUCAAGCGACCGAAAGGGCUGGAAAAAAAGCGCACCCAAUCGGAGCUCGGGACCAGCACGAGCCAGUACCAGUCCUUCGGUUCGUCCACAGAGUACGAUAACACCAGUGCCGUAUCGGCGACUGCGGCGAGUCCUUCCGCUGUCCGAGAUCCGCCACCACCAGUCGGCGCUUCGUCGGCUGCCGCCGUUGACCGACCCACGAGCCCGGUAGAAACGAACCGUGCGCAGAAUCUUUACCAACAAUUCGCGAACGAACGCGAGAAGGACGAGCAGAGUGCGGACAAGUCCAAAUCCGCCGAUGGAGCUAAAGAAAAACCGCGCUCCGGUAACACGGUGUACGUGUCGGGCAACAAGGUAACGGAGGACUUUCUGAAGAAGCAUUUUAGCGACUAUGGAGAGAUACUGAACAUUUCGAUGGAAAUCGAAAAAGGUCGCGGAUUCAUCACGUUCGCCACGACCGAGUGUGCCGACAAGGCGAUCGCCGAGCUGCACUCGAAGACGGUCGGCGGAAUCCAGUUGCAGGUCCAGUUGGCCCGUCGUCAGCCGCAAAUUAAUCCCAUCAACGACGCGGGGUCAUCCGCGGUUUGGUCCGCGCUGGCCACCAACCGGUCACAGAAAGGCAAGCACAAGGAUAACCGGGAACUGGUUUGCUACGAUCAUGAUGACAUAUUUUAGGGAACGUGAUUUGAUGAACAUUAAU